AACUGCUGCCUUCCACAUUCUCCUCCUUCUGGCAUGGCGAGGCUGUCGUCGGACCCACUGACGGUAGGGAGGGUGAUCGGAGAAGUCAUCGACUCGUUCAACCCCAGCGUGAAGAUGAUGGUGACCUACAACUCCAACAAGCUCGUCUACAAUGGCCAUGAGUUAUUCCCCUCCGCCGUCGUCUCCAAGCCCAGAGUGGAGGUCCAAGGCGGCGAGAUGAGGUCCUUCUUCACGCUGGUGAUGACAGACCCAGACGCGCCCGGCCCCAGCGAUCCUUACCUACGGGAGCAUGUUCACUGGGUGGUGACUGAUAUCCCCGGCACGACGGAUGCGUCUUUCGGGAAGGAGGUGGUGAGCUACGAGAGCCCGCGGCCCAGCAUCGGCAUCCAUCGUUUCGUCUUCGUCCUGUUCAAGCAGAAGCGGCGGCAGUCGGUGGCCGCAGCGCCGCCAUCGAGGGACCGCUUCAGCACCCGCGGCUUCGCGCAGGAGAACGACCUCGACCUCCCCGUCGCGGCCGUCUACUUCAACGCCCAGAGGGAGACCGCCGCACGCAGGCGCUGAUGUUAUUCCUCCCUGCGCACUGUGUCAUUGCCGCCCAUCGCAUGUGUUCGUUUGUCUGCCAAAUAAGCCGCUGCUGCUUGAUGAUGACGAUGAUGGUUGAUUUUGUCAUGGCUGUCUCCAACGGGAGUGGAGUGUGAUUGAGGAGAUUGUUGACGGGGGAGCAGCAGCGGAUGUGCCAAUUGCUGUGUUUGUUUCUCCUCCUGGUUUCCCUACGUGUCGACCAUGGAGGACAGAGUGUACUUGCCCACUUGUUCUGCCGAGUGCUUGCUUCGCCAUUGUUUUAUCUCUCUCCCCCUCAA